AUCAUCCAUCAUUUCCUCACUAUCAUAGCUAUAUCCUUCACUGUGACGAUGUUCGAAUACACCGAAAGCAUGUCAUUUUUCAUCUCGGCUGUCAUAUGGUUAUUCCAAGCUACCACCGAGCAAUUUACUUUCAUCGGUCUUCUGGGGUACCGAUUGGAAUGGCGUGUCCGGACUACAUCUUCAUUACUCAAACUCGCUUCAGUCCAAAGUCUCCUCACAAAGGUAUGUGCCACAAUGGGAACGUUGAUGUGGUUGAGCUGA